AUGAAACAGCAGAUGACUCCCGAGGGCCUGGAAGACGUGUCCAAGUAUCCCGAGCUGUUCGCCGAGCUCCUCCAGGACCCGUCGUGGUCGCUGCAGGAUCUCAAGAAGCUCGCUGGACUCAACUUCCUUCGGGUCUUCGGGAAAGUAGAGGAGGUAAGCCAGCACCUGUCGGAGGAGAAGCCGUCGGAGGAGAUCAUCCCCAUCCACGACAUCGACGCCAAGUGGCCGUGCAGGUACAAGUUCGCCAGCCUCGACAACGCCCUCAUCUGACCUCAUGUGACCUUAUUCGAAGACGCGGCUUAGG